UACGGGGACCGAAACGGCAUCAUUUUGUUUUAAAGCACUUCAGCUGCUAGCCUCAAUAAAUUCGACUGCAAGCUGCUACCCCUUCUACGAUUCCUUGGCGGAGUCCAAACGGGUUCCGAUCAGUACUCGGUGGCGAUUACAACACGCUAUCGAACUUUCCGUUGAAGACAAGAGUUUAGAAGUAAACUGUAAACCACCAUGGGUGCCUCCGAGUCUAGUCUUUCAAGUUCCCAGAAACUGACAGAUGAGAUCACUACCGUCACUGAGAGAUCAGAAGCUGUGGAUCCCAUUUUGGAGAGGCUCGAAUCCCUCAAAAUUACAAGACCAAUAUUAACUUCACCUCUAAAGGAAGAAGGUAGUUUGACUGACAUUUUGGUGAGGAAGGCAUCGGCUUCUUCAGCUCCUGCAGCUGUAAAUCCAAAUGUGUUGUUGGAGCUCUUCUCGAUAUAUCGUGAUUGGCUAGAGGUGAAGGUCCAGCAGAUUAGCAAGAAACAGGUUUGUCUGUCAUGAAGAACUACUAUGAGUAGAAGACCAGUUUAUAAAAAUCUAGUUAAAUAUUGUAAACGCAUGGGAUGGGUCCUUUGAUCUGGGGGUGGGGGUCCUCAAUGGAUUAUAUUUUGUAUUUUUAGUUCUUUCUCUGAUACAGUUUUUUAUUUAGGUUGAAAUCCAGGUUGAAGUUUAGCACUAAGAUGCACACAUGCCACAUGGACGUGGAUAAUGAUAAAUUCCAUCAUGAUCUAUACUAAACUUGUUUAUAGGUUAGGGUCACAUGUAAAUUGAUUUUCAAGUAGUGCUUGCAACUUUUCAAUGCUCAUGUUUAGGUUUU